ACAUUAAUUAUGCUUGCGGCUGGCAAGCCAAUAUGGCGACAAGAAAGCCUCUUCAUGGCAGUCAUAGUUUUGAUACCGAAUCGUGCGAGGGGGGAAGAGAAUUGUUCGAAGCUUGUAGGAAUGGUGACGUUACAAAAGUUCGACGAAUAGUGAACGUCAAUUCUAAUGUGAAUCUCAGAGAUACCGCCGGCAGAAAGUCAUCUCCGCUUCACUUUGCAGCAGGAUUUGGUAGAAAAGAAGUUGUAGAAUACUUGUUGCAAUAUGGAGCUGAUGUUCAUGCAAAAGAUGAUGGAGGUUUGAUACCGCUACAUAAUGCCUGUUCAUUUGGCCAUGCGGAAGUCGUCAGAUUACUGUUGCGUCAUGGUGCUGACCCUAAUUCAAGAGACAACUGGAAUUAUACUCCUUUACACGAGGCUGCAGUAAAAGGAAAAGUGGAUGUAUGUGUGGUUCUUUUGCAACAUGGUGCUGACCCUAAUAUUCGAAAUACAGAUGGAAAGACUGCAUUAGAUGUUGCUGAAGCAUCAGCUAAAUUAGUUUUAACAGGGGAGUACAAGAAAGAUGAGUUACUGGAAGCAGCUAGAAGCGGCAAUGAAGAAAAGCUCAUGUCACUUCUUACUCCAUUGAAUGUGAAUUGCCAUGCAAGUGAUGGAAGAAAGUCAACUCCACUGCAUCUAGCUGCUGGUUACAACAGAGUCAGGGUGGUUCAGCUUUUACUACAGCAUGGUGCAGAUGUACAUGCUAAAGACAAAGGUGGUCUGGUCCCCCUACACAAUGCUUGCUCCUAUGGGCAUUAUGAUGUCACAGAAUUGUUAAUAAAGCAUGGUGCAAGUGUUAAUGCUAUGGACUUGUGGCAGUUUACUCCUCUUCAUGAGGCAGCUUCCAAAGCAAGGGUGGAGGUGUGUUCAUUGCUGCUAGCACAUGGUGCUGAUCCUACAUUACUUAACUGUCAUUCCAAGGCUGCUGUUGAUGCUGCUCCCACAAGAGAACUUCGGGAUAAGCUUUCCUUUGAAUUUAAGGGACAUCAACUUUUAGAAGCAGCCAAAUCAUGUGACUCCACAAAACUGAAGAAGCAGAUUACACCAGAGAUCAUUAACUUCCAGCAUCCCCUUACUUUAGAGAGUUCUCUGCAUCUUGCAGUGAGUUCUGUUUGUCAAAAGAGGAAAGCUACAAUAGAAUUACUUCUGAAGAAAGGAGGAGAUACAAACUUACAAAAUAAAGAUUCUCUGACACCACUUCAUGUUGCCUCAGAAAAAUCACAUCUUGAUGCAAUGGAACUGUUGAUCAAAGGUGGAGCCAAAGUCAAUGCGUUGGAUGCAUUAGGAGAGACAGCAUUACAUCGCUCUGCAACAGCUGGGCAGAUUUCAGCUUGUCGUAUUCUGCUUGCACAUGGAGCAGACAUUACCUUGAGAUCAUUUCAAGGCCACACUGCUGCUGAAGUGGCCUCUGAACCUGUCCAAAAAAUUCUACAGGAGGAUCCACCUUCAACUGGCUCUGAUGUUGAGAAGCAGUUGCUUGAGGCUGCAAGAUCGGGAGAUAUGGAGGUUGUCAAGAAACUGUGCACACCACAGACAGUGAAUUGUAGGGACCUUGAAGGACGACACAGCACCCCUCUUCAUUUUGCUGCUGGUUACAACAGAGUCACAGUAGUGGAGUACUUACUCCAGAAUGGAGCUGAUGUGCAUGCCAAGGACAAAGGGGGACUGGUUCCUCUCCAUAAUGCCUGUUCAUAUGGUCACUAUGAAGUAGCUGAAUUACUGGUCAAGCAUGGUGCCGUGGUGAAUGUAGCUGAUCUGUGGAAAUUCACGCCCCUCCAUGAAGCUUCGGCAAAAGGGAAGUUUGAAAUCUGUCGUCUCCUGCUGAAGCAUGGAGCUGAUCCUCUGAAGAAGACUCGUGAUGGGCAAACUCCCCUGGAUCUUGUGAAAGAAGGAGACACUGAUGUAGCAGACUUACUGAGAGGUGAUGCUGCUUUACUUGAUGCAGCAAAGAAAGGCAAUUUAACAAGGGUGAUGAAGCUGUCCACGCCAGAAAACAUCAACUGUAGAGAUACACAAGGACGCAACUCAACUCCAUUACAUCUUGCUGCUGGUUACAAUCAUUUUGAAGUAGCUGAGCACCUGUUGGAGAAUGGGGCUGAUGUGAAUGCCCAAGACAAAGGAGGGUUGAUACCUUUACACAAUGCUUCCUCAUACGGGCAUGUGGAUAUCGCAUCUCUUCUGAUAAAACACAAUACAGAUGUAAAUGCCACAGACCGUUGGCUCUUUACGCCACUACAUGAAGCUGCUCAGAAGGGAAGAACUCAACUAUGUGCUCUACUGUUGGCUCAUGGUGCGGAUCCUACAAUGAAGAAUCAGGAAGCACAGACUGCUCUGGAUCUUGCUACUGCUGAGGAUGUAAAGUGUCUCUUGAGUGACGCCAUGCUGGCCCACACAGCGAACAAUCCACCUAGUACACCUGCCACACCCUCCAGCAGUGCUGCGUCACCUUCUUCUGCAAACAACAGCUCCAGUUCUCCACUGUCACAAGCGAACGCUAGUCUACUGGCCAACAGCCCUGCGGGCUCAGGGGAUGGAGCCGUUAAUAAGAGAUCUAUAGCGGAAGCCCAGGGCUCCGGGGAGACAAGGUUUAUGGUCCCAGGUCACCCUGGUUUGGACCUUGAUGUGGGAGAGUUCCUUGACAGCUUGCAGCUCAAUAACCUGAAGGAUAUAUUUGAAAAAGAACAGAUCUCCUGGGAUGUGCUGGUGGAUAUGGGCCACGAAGAGCUGAAAGAGAUUGGAAUCCACGCCUUUGGACAUCGGCAUAAAAUCCUAAAGGCAGUGAAGGAAAAACUAUCUGGCUUACCAGAACUGGGUGGUGGUCCCUUCACCUUCUCUAACCAACAGGGAACAGUUGUUCAUGACUUGUCCGUGGAUGAUAAAGACUACAUUUCCGUAGCAGAAGAGAUGCAGAGCACUGUUGUGAAACACAAGAAGGAUGGCGGGCUGUCUGGAGGAAACUUUGAUUCUUACAAUAUUCUCCGGAUUCAGAGGGUUAUAAACAAAAGACUUUGGGAUAAAUACGUGUACCGAAGAAGAGAGGUUGCUGAAGCGAAUCAUAACCACAGCAACGAGAGAAUGCUAUUUCAUGGUUCGGCGUUCAUUCACGCUAUUUUACAGAAAGGUUUCGACGAGCGCCAUGCUUAUAUCGGAGGCAUGUUUGGAGCUGGUAUUUACUUCGCGGAAAACUCUUCCAAGAGCAACCAGUAUGUAUACGGCAUUGGUGGAGGAUCUGGCUGUGCGCUGCACAAGGACAAGUCUUGCUACCUGUGCGAAAGGCAACUGCUAUUAUGUCGUGUAGCCCUUGGUAAGCCGUUUUACCAGUUCUCCGCGGUCAAGAUGGCGCAUUCACCUCCGGGCCACCACUCUGUUAUUGGUCGUCCCAGCUCGGAAGGGCUCUCAUUUGCUGAAUAUGUGGUGUAUAGGGGAGAGCAGGCUUAUCCAGAGUACUUGAUUACAUACAAGAUUGUCAAGUCGUCGGCUGGUGAAAGUUCUCCGUAAUGAACACAUCCUGUAAAUACCGCUAGUAGAAAUCAUCUUAUGGUGUACAUAAAAUUAUCGACUAUAGCCUCUACAGAUCAAUGGAAUGAAGAUCGAAGUUAUUUUAUGAAGGAUUGGGAAUUACAGAGAGGAGGCAAGCGUAUAAAAUGGAUAAACGAAGCGCAUGCGCCAUGUGGAGAGUGAUAGACCGGGAAGAAAGUGUGCAGUAAUGUAACAUAACCAGGAGUUGAAUGGAAAUUUUAAUAUAUCUUACAUGAAAUAGAGCAUGAAGCAUGGUUUAUAAGGAGACAUUUUGACGAUUAAAACAAAUUUAUUUUAGUAGCAUUCUGAGCAGGAGAUGGUAAAUCAGCCGUGUAUCGACGUUUGUCGUUGAGAACUUCAGCUCACCUUAAUGUCCUUUACCUUAGCGAUGAUCACAUUUUAGCGAAGAUAAACAUUGUUUAAUCAGCAUUGCUGUUUUCUUGAUUAUCCAAGGACAUGUGGCGGAAGGGAGAUUUGUAGAUGAACGAAGGCAUUUUGGUGUUAUGUUGUUCUCGAUGAUUAUUUGCACUUGGUGGUUCCUUGAUAUCUUCCUCUCGUUCUUUCUGGGUAAAAAUUGCCGCAUCGUUGGCCACUACACUGUUGAACUUUUAUCUCACAAUUGACAAUAAAUAUAGAGUUAGGCUUAGGAAAAGUACUACCAAAAUAUUAAAGUACUUGUUACCUUAACAAAAAUACGUGCAUUACAUCGCUUUUUUUCUUUUUCUUUUUUUUUUUUUAAUUAGAAAUUGUUGUAAAUAAAUGUUGUAAAAUAAGUUAUAGCCAUUCAACUCAGUAUAGUGUCGCGUGAAUUUGUUUUGCAAAUGUUCAGUUACAGUGGAACCUUCCCAACCUAGAGAAUAGAAUAUUACUUGAAAGACUAUGAUUUGCCAUUCACUCGUACUUAUUCCUGGCCGCCAUAUUGUUAGACCGUGUUCUUGGAACUCGUCCGAGGACCUUCACUCGGCGCCGAUUGUUAACGCUGUCAGACUAUAAUUUGUGUAAUAUAGACUCCUGUUCGUGAUCUUAAAUGAAUAAUGGACUUGUUAAAUAAAUGUUAUUUUUUGUUUAUUUGAA